AAGGAAGGCCACUCCACUUGUAGCCAAUUGGUUUUAAGUUGGAUGCAAGUCUUGUGUUGAGCCCACAUGCAUAAUUUCACAUGGUAUCAGAGCCUAUUCUCGGCAUAUUCCAUGGCAUUCAAAAAUUAUGUCCAACCCUCUAUCCCUUGUUUUGAUGGUCAUCACUAUGACCAUUGGAAUAAUGAACAGAGGGCAGAAAUUGAGAAGGAAAAGUUGAAGGAUCUCAAGGCUAAGAACUAUUUGUUCCAAGCCAUUGAUUGGGCUAUCUUGGAAACAAUUCUUAACAAGUCUACUUCCAAGACUAUUUGGGAUUCCAUGAAGAAGAAGCACCAGGGGAAUGAAAGAGCGAAGCGAUGUCAUAAGUAUGGUCAUUAUCGUUCUGAGUGCCGUGCUAAUCUGAAUAGAGGAGAAAGUUCUAAUUUUGCAGAACACAAUGAGAAGAAUGAGGAUGCCUCUUUAUUCAUGGUCUAUCAUCCUAAAGAAGUCAUCAAGAAGAAUGUAUGAUUGAAGGACAUAGCUUGGUUAUGGCAUUGCCAAUAUGGACAUCUUUAUUUUGGUGGGUUGAAAGCUUUGCAGCAGAAGAAGAUGGUAAAUGGUCUUCCUCAUUUUGAUUCUCCUUCAGAAAUUUGUGAAAUCUGCGUGACCAAGUCAGAAGCCUUAGCAGCCUUUAAAAAUUUCAAAGUUUUGGCUGAGAAUGAGGUUGGUAUAUCUAUAAGGUUCUGCAUAUUGAUCAUGGUGAAUGGUGUAUGUGAGAUGAGGAAUCGCACAAUCAUGAAUAUGGUGCAAAGUUUGAUGUCAAAGAGCAACUUGCCUAAGGAGUUUUGGCCAGAAGUUGUUAAUUGGAGUGUUCAUAUCUUGAAAAAUUGUGAUCCAUUGACAUAUGAAGAAGUUGUUAAAGAAGAAAAGUGGCAAAAAGCCAUGGCAGAAGAAAUUGGUUCUAUUGAAAGGAACCAAACUUGGGAGUUGACAUAUCUUCCAGAAGAGCACAAGACAACUGGUGUUAAGUGGAUUUACAAGACAAAGCUCAAAAUGAAUGGGGAGGUUGACAAAUUCAAAGCUCACUUGGUGGCAAAGGGUUACAAGCAAGAGUUUGUUGUUGAAGCUGGAGUUCCAGAACCAGUGGCAGCUAUAGAUUCUACACAGAGGGCAGAAAUUGAGAAGGAAAAGUCGAAGGAUCUCAAAGUUAAGAACUAUUGGUUCCAAGCCAUUGAUUGGGCUAUCUUGGAAACAAUUCUUAACAAGUCUACUUCCAAGACUAUUUGGGAUUCCAUGAAGAAGAAGUACCAAGGGAAUGACUCAAUUGAGGAGUCAAAUGAUAUUGAGGCUCUUUCCCUCAAUGAGUCCCAGAACUCAUUGUUAAUUCAUAAGCGGAAGAUAAAUUGCCAAGACAAGCAAGAGCAAGCAGUGCAGAUUUCGCAGACCCAAGCCUUACCGAGAUCAGAUAGACCGAGAUCAGAUAGACUGGAGGAAAGUUUAGCCACUAGAAAUCAGAAGAGGUGGCAAAACAGAAAUUAUCAAGCUGUAGAUAACAGAUCCAAAUCUGCAAGAAAGGAAAAUAUUGAAUGCUUCAAAUGUCAUAAGUAUGGCCAUUAUCGUUCCAAGUGCCGUGCUAAUUUGAAUAGAGGAGAAAGUUCUAAUUUUGCAGAACACAAUGAGAAGAAUGAUGAUGCCUUUUUAUUCAUGGUCUGUCAUCCUAAAGAAGUCAGCAAGAAGAAUGUGUGGUAUCUGGAUACUGGUUGUAGCAAUCACAUAUGUGGAGACAAAUCUGCAUUUUCAAAUCUGGAUGAGUCUUUUCAAGACAAGGUGAAAUUUGGUGAUAAUUCCACUAUUGCAGUUAAGGGAAGGGGAAAGGUAAUCAUUCAUGCCAAAGACAAUUCAAUUCAGACUAUUGCUAAUGUUCUAUAUGUACCAGAUUUGAAGUCGAAUCUGCUUAGUCUGGGAUAGCUUCAGGAGAAAGGAUAUGAAAUCCUAAUUAAAGAUAGAGUUUGCCAAGUUCUUAAUUUAAUCGAUGCCAAACUCUUCUUGUAACCCUUUGCCACCAAGCGAGCUUUAAAUUUGUCAAUCUCCCCAUUUUCUUUGAGCUUUGUCUUGUAGAUCCACUUAACACCAAUUGUCUUAUGCCUUUCUGGAAGAUCUGUAACUCCCAAGUCUGAUUCCUUUCAAUAGAACCAACUUCUUUUG